GGGGGGGGGGAAGGAAAAACUCUUAAUAGUGGCAUGUUUGAAGAAGAGCAACAAAAACAUCUUCCAAAAAGUUGUUUCCCAGUGCCACUCAGCACAUCAGAGCUUAGACACACACUCAAGUUCUCUGACUGAAAAAUUGGGCUCUUUGCUUAUCACCAUGGUCUCUUAGAGGUCACAAUUUCUUGGGAUUAAGGAACAGUGCAGGAGAUAUUGUAGAAGCAAGGCAGCUUAGUUCUAGUGUCAUUUGGAUAGGCAAUUGGUAGAAAUUGGUGGGAAACCAAUAUCAAAUGACAAGAGACAUUCAGCAAGUCUUCCAUAGAUUCUAUAGGAUUUGUGGUGGCUUGGAUUGCUACCGAUGGAUGACUUGGAAGCACGGUCAAGCACAGCUCCCUUCUGUCAAGUCUUUUAGCAUGGGUGGCAGCCCGUGUAGCUGUUAUCGAAGGCUGAACUUGCUAAAGAUGAGUCUUUGGUCUAGAAGUCUGCGGGAAUGGGGUGUCAGAGGGAGGUGAGUUCCCACUAUUGGAAACAUCCCGGCAGAAGUUGGAUGACUGGUAGGAGAUUGGACAAGUGGCCUCUGGCAUCCCUUAGAACUCUGAGCUUCUAUGACCAUGAGAAUAGGGCACAGUUACAUACUACUGCUUUGCAAGGGUGGAAAGGCAUUAUCUCCUUAAUAGAGCAUUGUAACUGUCCAAUACUGUGUCUCCUGGUGAGGCUGAGCCUUAGGAUGGAAGGGGGCAAUGAAGAAAGCCUGUCCUCAAACAACCCCGCCUUACCGUAAUCGAGGCAAAGUCUGCUAAAUGCAGCUGGUUCCAGUUAGCCUGUAGGAAUACAGACUCAAGCUGUAGGAAGGAACCGGCUCUUGCUGACGGGCCUGAAGCAGCCCCAGAAAGCCCUCCCAAAGCACGGAGUCCUGAUCUCAGUACCUGCCGCUCUCUGGGAGUCCGUCCCUUCCUUGGUCCCUGGGACCCAAGGGCCUGAAAGUGUCCUGCUUCUGCUUUCCGCUGGCCCGGGUCCCUCACGUCCUCCGAGCUCCAUGGAGGGCAUGAAUGCCCCAACACGGCUUUUGACCAAAAAAGCCAACACAAAAUUUGACCAGCGAGGGACAGCCUCUUCCUGAAAUCCCCCGCUCACUUCAAUACAGGAAGUAGAAAUAACUAGACACUGAAAAGGCAGGUCUCAAAGUCUCUUCCCCACUUCACCAGGUCUGUGCUCGGGCUGUUCGGGCCCCGGGGCUGGGCGGGGGAAGCCGAAGGACGUGUCCUGCGGAGUGAAGCUUGGGCCCUCCCUGCCAAGAGAAAGGGGGAGAGUGAGGGGUGAGGAGCGGGGAGGAAGGGGGAAAAGGAUGCGGAUUUCUUCUCGGGGGAAGCCGAGGGGCUGCAGCCUGCUGGAGGGACUCGGAAAGCCCUUCUGAAGUUUGAACUACCCCCAGUGACUUGGUGAGGAUGAUGAAACCGGCGGGGGACCGAGGAGACGGGGACCACCCGGGUCCUGUUCCAGAUAUUGGACAAGGAAAGAAAGAGGAAAAGGCAGAAGAGGAAGGGGAAGGAGAGGAAGAAGACCCUGAAUCCUUUUGGUCAACUGCCCUAAAGACUCGUUUUCCUCGGGGAAUUAGUGUUCUCGAGAAGCUUAUUGCAACCUGCCCAGUCUGGCUGCAGUUGGACAUGGACCGGGACAAGGCAGCUCAGAUCCUACAAGGGGAAACAACUGGGAUCUUCUUAGUCCGGCGGGAAAGUAAUCUCAAGCAUAUGAUCCUCUCGGUCCAGUUCCCUUCCGUAAAUGAAUCUCUUUCUGAUGUGCUGGAAUACAACAUUAAAGAAGAAAAGUCAAUCCUGUACCUGGAAGGAUCCGUUCUCGUAUUUGAGGAUAUCUUCAAACUGAUAGCUUUCUACUGUGUCAGUAGAGAUUUGCUGCCUUUCACCUUAAGACUGCCUCAGGCGAUUUUGGAAGCCAACAGCUUUAAAGAACUGGAAACCAUCUCUAACCUGGGACUAGGUUUCUGGGACUCAUCUCUAAAUCCUCGGAGAAGGAGAGAUACCACAGGGGAGCUCCCAAAGGGCUCAGCUCCGACUGCCCCCCCAGCCACCAGCCUCAGGUCUCCACCACGUUAUGCAGACUGCUCGUGUGAAAUUGAGUUGUCAAUAGGAAACGACAGAUUGUGGUUUGUGAAUCCUAUUUUUAUAGAGGACUGCGGCAGCCCACUACCCCCAGAAGAACCUCUCCUUCGAAGCUGCCAGGCCAAUUUGGUUCCCUCUGGUGCUACCUCACCUGUAUCUAGAACUCCUCGAAGGCGCCCGCCCCCUCCCCCUCCUCCUCCUCCUCAUCUCUCUUUGGAUCCUGCAAGUCCUACGAGUCUUCCCCUCUCUUCUGCUGCCCCCCUCUCUCCUCCUGACCCAACUGUGUCUCCCCCUGCCCCCACCAUCUCAUCUGCUGCUCCCCUCUCUCCUUCUGCCUCCACUGUGUCUCCCCCUGCCCCCACCAUCUCAUCUGCUGCUCCCCUCUCUCCUUCUGCCUCCACUGUGUCUCCCCCUGCCCCCACCAUCUCAUCUGCUGCUCCCCUCUCUCCUUCUGCCUCCACUGUGUCUCCCCCUGCCCCCACCAUCUCAUCUGCUGCUCCCCUCCCUCCUCCUCCUCUUACUGUGUCUCCCCCUGCCCCCACUGUCUCAUCUGCUGCGCCCCUUACCCCCACUGUCUCGUCUGCUGCUACCAAUGCCCCCCUCACUCUUGCCGCCCUUUCUCUUUCAUCAGUUCCUCCACCCUGCCUUCCAGCUACUGUGUCCUCUGCACCUACUGCAGAACUUCCUGGAAAAUCCAGCCACCAGCCCAUUACUCCGAGCCCUACGGUCCCGCCCCCUCCUGUGAGCCCAGGCCCUUUGGGGGAAGAAGGUAAAAAGGAGGCAGCGGUACCCAGCCCGGUCCCGAAGCUCCUGGCAUCCAAAAAGAGCACCCGGCCAGCCGUGCCCCCCAGGAGGAGGCUCUCGGAGAGAACUUCGCUGGAAGAGAGCGGCAUUAUGAAGACUGAAAGGGGGGAUGAGAUUGAAGGGCUGAGGUGGGAAGAAAGACAGCAGAGUUAUUCCCGAAGCAGCCCCAGCAGCCUUUCACUCCAAAAAGCAACAGGUGCUCCCAGGAAAGCGGUGGAACAAGUCUUCCAGGGGGAGGGACCCACCAAAGUCAGCGGCAUCGGCCUGGGCAUACAGAGCCGGCCAGAGCCACAGAAGAGUAAACAGCCUCCUGUCCCACCGCCGAGGAAGAAGCGGAUAUCUCGACAACUUGCUUCCUACCUCCCCAGCCAGCCGGAGACGCCCGAACCCACCGAGGACCAAUUCCAAGGGCAGCCCACCCCGACCCUUUCCGUAGGGAGCUCCCCGCCCCGAGGAGGGCCGGCCAGCAAUGCAGUGACCCCGGCGGAGGCCAAAGGCAGCCCCCAGACCUUGGGUUCCACAGAGUUGAAAGGGUCCUUGUCCUCCCUGGCCGACAGCGUGGGGACAUCGGCCGUCACCCCAGACCAGGACUCCUACUCCACCAGCAGCACCGAGGACGACCCGGAUCACUUCAGCAGCCCCAGCGUGAAAAAGAAGUCCUCCAUGAUCCUGGACAAGGCCAAACACCGGCUGUCCUUCGUGAGCCUCUCCAACGUCUUCAACGCCUUCCUCUCCAGCAACCGCAAGUUACAGAAGAAAGUGGUGGAGUUGGCCCAGGACAACCACUCAUACUUCGGCAACCUGGUCCAGGACUACAAGGUGUACAGCUUGGAGAUGAUGGCCAAGCAGAGCUCCAGCACCGAGAUGCUUCAGGAGAUCCGCAUGAUGAUGACUCAGCUGAAGAGCUAUCUGCUGCAGAGCACCGAGCUCAAGUCCCUGGUGGACCUUGCCCUGCAUUCCGAGGAGGAACUGGAAGCCAUCGUGGAAUCAGCCUUAUAUAAAUGUGUGCUGAAGCCUCUGAAGGAAGCCAUCAAUUCACACCUCCAGGAGAUCCACAGCAAGGAUGGGACCCUCCAGCAACUAAAGGGGAAUCAGUUAGUCAUCUUGGCCACCACCACCACUGACCUGGGGGUGACAACCAGUGUGCCAGAAGUGUCUGUCAUGGAGAAGAUCCUUCACAAGUUCACCAGCAUGCACAAGGCCUACUCUCCCGAGAAGAAGAUUGCCAUCCUGCUUAAGUCCUGCAAGCUCAUCUAUGACUCCAUGGCCUUAGGGAACCCAGGGAAACCGUAUGGAGCCGAUGACUUUCUCCCAGUCCUCAUGUACGUCCUAGCCCGAAGCAACCUGACAGAAAUGCUUCUCAAUGUUGAAUACAUGAUGGAACUCAUGGACCCAGCCCUGCAGCUAGGGGAAGGUUCCUAUUAUCUCACCACAACCUACGGGGCCCUGGAACAUAUCAAGAACUACGACAAGAUCACCGUCACUAGGCAGCUCAGUGUGGAGGUCCAGGAUUCCAUCCACCGCUGGGAACGCCGCCGGACCCUCAACAAGGCCCGAGCCUCUCGCUCAUCUGUGCAGGACUUCAUCUGCAUCUCCUUCCUGGAGCCUGACAAUCAAGCACGAACUUUGGCAUCUAAGUCCGACACGUUGGCCGAACAGCUAAGAGCCCAGUGUGCCGAGAAAUUCGAAGUGGAUCAGCACCAAGACUAUAGACUCUUUGUUCUGGUGGAUGGCAAGUGCUUCCAACUGGCAGAUGACUCACUUCCCCACCACAUCAAAGCCUACCUACUGAAGAGUGAGCCCAAGAGAGAUUUCCAUUUUAUUUAUAAAGCAGUAGACAGAGGGGAGACUCAGACCCCCACUGUAAAGGAACCAAACUUUCUCUAAGAGUAAGGUUGUCCUUGCAUUUCCGAAUGAAUAAGAAGCAGAGGUAUGUGCCUGUGAAGUGUUUACAGAGUUGGUAGAUUCAAGUCUGAGAUUUGGAUCUCAUUAAGAUGCAGUAUUUCCCCAACAUCCUUGCUCCUAUUAGAAGAAAACCAUUGUGGACCAACCAGGGCAAUAACGUGUUCUAUGCACAUGUGCACAGAGCCUUUGGAACUUAGAAUCAUAGACUUUCUAAUUAUACAUUAAAAGCAUCUGGUCCAGCCUCCCUCAUUUUUUUUUAAACCUUUACCUUCUGUCUUGGAGUCAAUACUGUGUAUUGGUUCCAAGGCAGAAGAGCGGUAAGGGCUAAGCAAUGGGGGUCAAGUGACUUGUCUAGGGUCACACAGCCGGGAAGUGUUUGAGGCCAGAUUUGAACCCAGGACCUCCCAUCUCUAGGCCUGACUCUCCAUCCACUGAGCUACCCAGCUGCCCCCCCUCCCUCAUUUUAAAAAGAAUUUCCCAUAAAAGGGAAAUUACUUUACUCAGUAGGGUCACACAGCUAGUGAGAAGUAAAGCUGGAAUUUUUCAAACUUAGGUUUCCUGUUUCCAAACCUCCUAAAGCUCUCUCCACUAGGGCUUCUCCCUGGGCCAGCGAGCUUUCAACCAGGAAAAAAGUUCAUUGAAGAAAUGACUCCUAAAUUAUAAUAGGCCUAGAACUGCCUGAGCUUGGAGGAAGGUGGGAAGAGGAUCAUGGUUCUGCGGCCCCGGUCCAGCUUCAAGACCAGCAAGGCGACGGCAGUUGGCCGGGUGUGAAUUCCUGUCCUGGGCCCUCCGUGAAUCUCCCCUCUUGAAGUAGAGCCCCUGUGUGAGUGCUCAGGUAGACUGCCCAGAGGUGGGCUAGCACACCAAAUGUCCUCUCCAGUGUGAAGGGAAGACAUCACUCUAGUAAGCAGGCUUUAGGAAUGCUCAGGUCCUUCCUGGGAGACAGAAGGGAGACUUUGCCACUGUCGCUUCAACUGGACACCUCAGGGGCUAAGCCAGAGCCAGAGGAAGGGGCAGUCCCGUGGCCUUUGACCCCGCUGUCCUCAGGAUGUUUGUCUCAUCACAAUGAAGAAUGGAGCCCCACCCCCUACCAGUUAUCCAUCUCGAGGGAUUGGAAAACUGACAGGAACUUCCCUCUUGUUGACACAGAUUAGGAGGCAUAUGGGGACCCGGGGAUGAGGGGGCGCUGUGUGUGUAAAGUACUUUGGGGAAUUCAAUAAACAUAAUCUUGAACCCGAUAUCCUCUGGCCUGAACAUUGAAGAGUCAAGAUACAGGGCCAAGAUCUCCUGAGAUAAGUGCUAACUAUGGAAAGGAAGCCCCACACCUCUUCGCUUUUGUGCUUUUAAUCCCCUCCUAGUGGUACUCAUGUUUUCUGUUUCAAACUGUAAAGCUAGAAAGCUGCUCCUAUUCGGUGGUCUCCUCUCUCACCUUCCCUAACGAGCCUCAAGUUGGUUGGGAUCCCAAAUUGUUCCCGUCUCCAGGAUCCAGGAUCAUCUUGACUCCUAGAAACCAGGAAGUCAUGUAUCCACCAGCCCCCAUACAAGCAUACAAGAUAAACUAUUCCUUUAAAUCUGUGAUAGCUAAUGAAGAGUCAAUAAGUGCCAAGGACAGCGCUAGGCACUGGAGAUACAAAGACAAAAGUUUAAAUAGUCCCUGACCUCCAAGAAUCUAGCACAUUAGGGACCAAUUAAUCAAUGCAUUUAUAUAUAUAUUAAAUGCGCACCACCACUACUACUUACUAGACCUGGGCUCAGGAGGACAAGAGUUCAAAUAGAGCCUCUGAUAUUUAUUAGCUAUGAGGUCCUAAGCCAAUCACGUCACUUCUGUCUGCCUCAGUUUCUUCCUCUGAAAAAUAGAGAUGAUAACACUUACCUUCCAGGGUUGUUGUUGGAUUAAAUGAGCUUUUUUGUCAAGUGCUUUGCAAGCUUUAAAGCUCUACACAAAUGUUGGCCAUCGUGAUUAUCACUGUGUGCCAGGCACGGUGCUAUGAGUUAGACAGAAAUGAAACGGUUUCUCUCAGGGAGUUUACAUUUGAUCAGAACACCCCCGCACACGCUCCUCGCCAGUCUCAGCUGAAGUUAUAGCAUGUAAAGAGUAAUGAAGAGAAAACAGGAAGAGUAAGGUUUUACAUCUUCUAUCCUAAAUGCUGUUCAGUCAUGUCUGAUCCUGUAACCCCAUUUGGGGUUUUCUUGGCAGAGAUACUGAAGUGGUUUGCUAUCUUCUUCUGCUGCUCAAUUCAUAGUUAAGGAAACUGAGGCAAACAGGGUUCAAUGACCUAAAUGAUAAUUGAGUCUAACAGAUGAAGAAAACAGGUCCUGAGAGGGGAAAUUAUGUGCCCAAAGUAAUUCACUAAACGGCCAGCAGACAUUUACUAAGUACUGUGAUAGGCUCAGCGGGGCAUUAAAAAUAGAUGACAAAAUCUUCCCUGAGGAAGUUUCCAGUUUUAUAGGAUACGACACAUAUAAGAAGAACUAGUUAGAAUAGAAAAUGGGAAAUGAUGAGUCAAAAAAGAUCUCUCCAAAAUGCCCUGGGUUUCCACAUCCAACAUGGAGGAGCAGGGAAGACAUUAAGGAAGAGGUGCCAUUGGAUCUGGGCUUUGAAGGAUGGGAAAGGAUUUCAGUAAUUGAAAUGGAAGGAAAGACCUUUCAGGUGGAUUGAAUUCUGUGAGUAAAGGUCAAAAGUCCUGAAGAAUUCAGGCUGCCAAUAAUAAAUGAGAUGAACAUGGAAAAAUAGAUUGAGGCCAGAGCAUGGAGGUCUGAACAAGGAAGCUGUUGUUUAAGCGUGUCCAGUUUGUGAUCUUAUCUGGGGUUUUCUUGGCAAAGACCGAAGUAGUUCGAUAGAGGGAGAUAAGGAAGGAGUGGAUUCCAACUUCAGAGGACAGUAAGAGAUAGAGUGUCAUAUGUAAGGAGUAAGAAAGAGUUUGACUGAAGAAAAACAACUGGUUGAUCAUAAGGUUCGAUGGGGAUAGGAUUGGGGAUGUAGACUCUAAGUGAUCACCCUGGUACAAAUAUUAAUAAUAAGGAAACAGGUCUUGAUCAAUGACACAUGUAAAACCCAGUGGAAUUGCACAUCGGCUACAGGAGGGGGUUGGGAGGAGGGGAGGAAAAGAACAUGAAUCAUGUAACCAUGGAAAAAUUUUCCAAAUGAAUUAAAUAAACUUGAAAAAUUAAAAUAAAAAAAAA